CGGCGCGGCUCGCUAAGAUGGCGCUGCCCAGCGGGCUCCGGCGCUGCCCCGGGCCGGUCCGCGCCUUCUCCGCCCACCUUCUGGCGGCGCCUGCCAGACCCGGCUGGGCCGGGGUGGACCCGCGGGGCCCGGCUGCCCUGACCCGCGCCCGGGUCCCCGCGCGCUUCUGCGCCAGCGACGAGCAGAGCCGGCGGCGGGGUCCGCCGGGGGCGGGCGGCGGCCGGAGCGUGGUGGUGGUGGGGAUCCCCAACCCCUUCAUCUGGGUCCGCACCAGGCUCUACUGCUUCCUCAUCCGGGCCUACUUCGACCAGGAGUUCAGCGUCGAGGAGUUCACCCAGGGGGCCAAGCAGGCCUUUGCUCUUGUUUCAAAGCUGUUGUCUCAGUGUAAACUUGAUCUGUUGGAGGAAUUCGUAUCAAAAGAGGUACUUCAAGUGUUGGAGGAGAAGCUUCCUUCGUUGUCUGAAAACCGCAGGAAUGCCCUGGCUGCUGACAUGGAUGAAAUAAUGUAUACAACAGCAGGAGAUGUUGGCAUUUACUAUGAUGACAGUGGAAGGAAGUUUGUUAGUAUCCUGAUGCGCUUCUGGUAUCUAACUAGCGCUGAUCUUCCUGAUGAAGCUCCAGAUGGAACCAAAGUUUUCCAGGUUGUAUUUGGAGAUGAAACUGUGAAAGAAACUAAACAUCUUCUAACAGCAAACUAUGAGUUCCGAAGGGAAUUUACACAAGGAGUGAAGGCAGACUGGACUAUUACACGGAUUGAGCAUCCAAAGCUAUUAGAAUAAAUUUCUUGUACAAUGACUUUUAUGGACCUUUAUAAAUCCUCGGGCAUACCAAAGGUGUCAAGCUUUUUUGGUCUCCCCACAACAAUCUCUUUUCAGGAUUAAUUUUAUAUUUUUUAAUUCCCAAAAUACUUUUGAAUUUAUCAUAUACAGUAUAUUGCUCUGAAAGAAUAACAAUAAAGCCUUUUCCAUGAGUCUCUGAAA